AUCUGGUUCCAUGUGGCUAUAUACGAUUCUCCUACUUUUGGCAAAUACGAUAAAUGAAAUUUCCCUAAAGUUCAAAAUUAGAAGGAAAACAAAUUAAAUUAAGAGAGACAUUAUUUGAGAGAUAAGAGAGAUCGAUAUUUGGUAUACUGACAUUUUUUGCAGAUCUCUCUCUCGCUAUGGGUCUUUGGGAAGCUUUGCUUAAUUGGUUACGAAGCCUCUUCUUUCAGCAGGAAAUGGAGCUUUCUUUGAUAGGGCUGCAGAAUGCAGGAAAAACAUCACUUGUAAAUGUCAUUGCUACUGGUGGAUACAGCGAAGACAUGAUACCAACAGUGGGAUUUAACAUGCGGAAAGUUACAAAAGGAAAUGUGACUAUAAAAUUGUGGGACCUCGGAGGUCAACCCAGAUUCCGCAGUAUGUGGGAAAGAUACUGUCGUGCAGUUUCUGCUAUAGUUUAUGUUGUUGAUGCUGCUGAUCAUGAUAAUGUUAGUAUUUCAAGAAGUGAAAUCCAUGACCUGCUGAGCAAGCCAUCAUUGAGUGGUAUCCCAUUGCUGGUAUUGGGUAACAAGAUUGACAAGCCUGGAGCCCUUUCCAAGCAGGCUUUGACUGAUCAGAUGGACUUGAAAUCUAUAACAGAUAGGGAGGUAUGUUGCUAUAUGAUAUCAUGCAAAAAUUCCACCAAUAUCGACUCAGUCAUUGAGUGGCUUGUUAAGCACUCAAAAUCAAAGAGUUAAGAGGAUGACACCCUUUCUUGUACUACUGAUCUAUUAAAGUUGUCAGGCUAUUUAUUCCUUCUGCUGGUUUCCUUAGAGUUUUCCUGUAUGUAAAGUAAAUUCAUUUGCCAAUUGAAAGAGUUGGUACAUGUAUUCAUAUGUGAUUAUCCCAGCCUGCGAAUUGUGUACACCUCUUUCCUUCUAUGGAGAUAUGUUCACGAAUGUGUUUUUUUAUUUUUUUAUGAAAAGACAACUUCUUUGAUUUAUUUGAAGAAACUAAUUGAUCUAUUUAUACAGCAGUCUCAGUUGUUGAGGCCAAAUUAUGACU